CAGUUGACGGAGGUGAGAGUAAAACCUGUGGAAAGGUUUGUUGAAAUAAAUAGCACUUUAAUUACGAAAUGGAAAUCAAGCCAGUAUUAAGAAGAUUUGGCUCACUGGUCCGAGCCAUUCUCACAUUUCUCUUUGCUCUCCUGGUACUUGGGGUGAUGUUAUGGGCAUACAUCGAUGGUUUCCCAAUAGUGACAUCUCAAUUCAACAUCAUCUCAUUAGGUUUCUAUGGAGUGCUGCUCAGCCUCCAUGUCCUAAUUCAGAGCUUGUUUGCCUUUGUGGAGCACCAGCGGAUGCGUGCAAGACGCAAACCGUGCUCUUACACAAAGACCAUUGGCUUUACAAUCUCAGCCUAUCAGGAGGAUCCAACAUAUCUGCAAGAGUGUCUUCAAUCAGUACGGGCACUGCAGUACCCAUCUGAGUUACUGCGCAUUAUCAUGGUAGUGGACGGAAACUCAGAAGAUGACCGCUACAUGAUGGAGAUGUUCCGUGAAGUCUUUGCAGAUCAGGAUCCUGGCUGUUAUGUGUGGCAAAACAACUACCACUCUUGGAACCCCAAACCCGAAGAGAGGGAUGCAGCUGAAGCUGAUGGUACAGAAGGGGAUGAUAGGAUGGUGUUUGAAGACCCCCAGCGCUUCGAGGUUGAGGAGCUCAUCAGGACCAAGAAGUGUGUGUGCAUUAUGCAAAAAUGGGGAGGAAAGAGGGAGGUGAUGUAUACAGCAUUCAAGGCACUAGGAUCAUCUGUGGAUUAUAUACAGGUGUGUGAUUCAGACACAAAAUUAGACCCUCUAGCCACAGUGGAGCUAUGCAAAGUGCUGGAGAGUAACCAAAAGUACGGUGCUGUAGGAGGCGAUGUGAUGAUCCUCAACCUUAAAGACUCCUAUAUUAGCUUCAUGAGCAGCCUGCGCUACUGGAUGGCCUUUAACAUUGAGAGAGCCUGCCAGUCCUUCUUUGACUGUGUCUCCUGUAUCAGUGGCCCCUUAGGUCUUUAUAGGAAUGACUUGCUACAGCAGUUUCUGGAAUCCUGGUACAAUCAGAAGUUUCUGGGCACUCACUGCACUUUUGGAGAUGACCGGCAUCUUACCAAUCGAAUGCUAAGCAUGGGCUAUGCUACAAAGUACACAGCCCAUUCUAAGUGCUACACAGAGACUCCUGCCCAGUUUUUGCGCUGGCUCAACCAGCAAACUCGCUGGACUAAAUCCUACUUUCGCGAGUGGCUCUUUAAUGCAAUGUGGUGGCACAAGCAUCACCUGUGGAUGACCUAUGAAUCAAUUGUCUCAGGCAUCUUUCCUUUUUUUGUCACUGCCACAAUUAUCAAGCUCUUCUGGACAGGCACUCUAUGGGACAUCUUGUGGGUUUUGUGUUGCAUCCAGCUGAUUGGUCUGGUAAAGGCAGCCUAUGCCUGCAUCUUGCGUCAAAAUGUGGUGAUGCUUUUCAUGUCCUUAUAUUCUGCCCUCUAUAUGACCAGCCUCCUGCCUGCCAAAUACUUUGCCAUUCUCACCAUGAACAAAAGCAGCUGGGGGACAUCGGGUCGGCGGAAGAUGGUGGGGAACUAUAUUCCCCUGGCACCACUUUCAGUGUGGGCGGCGAUCUUGUUGGGAGGCCUGGGGUACACAACCUACAAGGAAUCCCAGAUGGACUGGACAACAGAUGCAAAAAAAGAGGAGAUCAAGUUUUUGACAUUUGGAGCUGCAGCUUAUUUAUGCUACUGGCUUUUAAUGAUCUGCCUCUAUUGGAUGUGGUUUCGGAGAUUAUUCCGAAAACGCUCACAAAGUUACACUGUGAAUGUAUAG